CGGUUUAUACAACCAACAGGUAUAACAAAGGCGCUGCAUAUCAACAGCCUCAACUGCUUCUUCAGGUGUAUCCUCACCUGCCAGCAGCUGCAGCAGCAGCAACAGCAGCAGCAGCAGCAAAAACAACAACAGCAGUACAGCAGCAGCAGCAUUACAGCAGCAGUAAUACAGCAGCAACAGCAGCAGUAA